UUCUGAUGUUUAUAAAUUUUUCCAGAAUAACCAUAAAAAAAUAUUAACAACUAAUAAUAUUUACUACUAAUAUAUUUUUAACUCUUAAGAAGUCUACAAAAUAAAAUGGAACGUAGUCGAAAGCGAAGAGAUCGGUCAAUUUCAAAUAGUUCAGAGGACAGUACUAAAAAAAAGCAGUAUUCCAAACAUUCAAAAGGAAAAGACAAAUAUAAAGAUACACGGGAUAAAAGUAAUGACAAAAGUAAAGAAAAACGUAAAAAAGCAAAGAAAAAGAAAAAAAGAUCCAGGAGUAGUUCUGAUGAAUCCAGCUCUAACAGUGACAGUUCUGAUAAUUCAGUAAAACUAUUGGAAAAGCUCACAAAAGAAAGAAUUAGACUUGCAGAAGAAAGGAAAAAGCAAAAAGAACUAAUCAAAGCUACCGAAACAGCAGAGGAGAAACGAAUGAGACGGCUCGUCAAGAAGGAAAACAAAGAGAGAUCGAGGAAAGAGAGAAUGGGUUGGGAUAAUGAGUAUUUACAUUAUACAAAUAGUGACAAUCCUUUUGGGGACGGAAAUUUGUUGUCUACAUUUGUGUGGUCCAAGAAGUUGACUAAAGAAGGAUUGAAAGGUGUUAGUCAAGCAGAAAUUGAGGCAAUAAACAGGACAAAACAAGAAGAAAACAAAAGAGAACUGGAAAAGGUAAAAAAGAGACGUUUAGAAAGGGAAUUAGAAAGACAGAAGAGGGAUGAAGAAACCCAGAUGCUCCAAAGAAGCAAGGAAGCAGCACAAUUUGAAGAGUGGGAAAGACAAGAAGACAAAUUCCAUUUAGAACAAGCAAGACUGAGAUCACAUAUAAGAAUCCAAGAUGGAAGAGCCAAACCCAUAGAUUUAUUAGCCAAAUAUAUAAGUGCAGAAGAAGAGGUAGAUGCUGUGGAAAUGCAUGAACCAUACACAUACCUAAAUGGUCUACAUAUAAAAGAUUUAGAAGAUUUAGUAGAGGAUAUAAAGGUUUAUAAAGAGUUAGAAAGGGGAAAAAAUUUAGAUUAUUGGAAUGACAUUACAGUAAUAGUGGAAGAUGAGUUACAGAAGCUAAGAAAGCUGGAAAAACAGAAUGAUUUUGAUUUAGGUUUGAAUAGAAGAGAAGGUAUUCAUCAGUCAGUAGCUGGGGAUGUUACUUCUGUAUUUAAAGGUAAAACCGCUGUCCAGUUAGCAGCUUUGGAGAAACAAAUAGAGAGAAAAAUAAGCAGCAAAGCUGAUGGUAUUGAUAUAGGUUACUGGGAAUCCCUGUUAUCACAACUUAAGGCACACAUGGCUAGAGCUAGACUAAGAGAUAGACAUCAAGAAAGCUUGAGGAGAAAACUUCAAGUUUUGAAAGCUGAACAAGCCAUAAAUGUAACAGCUCCAAGUGAAAGUCAUUCCAGUGGAGGUGAGGAAGCUCCAACGAAAGAUGUGCAAGAACCGAAACCUGGGCCUUCUCAGGAACCUGAUGAUAAGGAAAAUGAUGAGGAUGAACCCGCAGAUGAGGAAGCUGCUAAUUCGUGGCUGAAUGAGUGUUUUGAUGCCUAUGAAGCUGGUGGAUAUAGUCCUAAAUUUCUUACUCCAGAUGAAAUAGAGCCAGGAACUAUUGUUGUUAUAGAAGAAGAUGAUCUGAAAAGAUUGGAAUUUGCAAGAAUUCAGGUGGUUGGCAAAGGAAAAACUGUAGAAAAUGUUAUAACGAAAGAAGAGUUGAUGUUACAAAAAGAAGCUCGUAAGGGCAUGGAUGCAGAUGAGGCACAGUUCUCUGUAGAGCAAGCUUUGGACAGUCAAGUCUAUCUGUGGUCUGAUAAAUAUCGUCCUAGGAAACCCAGAUAUUUUAAUAGGGUACACACAGGAUUUGAAUGGAAUAAAUACAAUCAAACCCAUUAUGAUAUGGAUAAUCCCCCUCCAAAAAUAGUACAGGGAUACAAGUUUAACAUAUUCUAUCCAGAUUUAAUAGACAAAAGUAGUACUCCAGAGUAUUAUCUGACUCCUUGCCCAGAAAAUAAAGAAUUUGCUAUAUUAAGAUUUCAUGCUGGGCCUCCAUACGAAGAUAUUGCCUUCAAGAUUGUCAAUAGGGAGUGGGAGUAUUCAUACAAAAGGGGAUUCAGAUGUCAGUUUCACAAUAACAUCUUCCAAUUGUGGUUCCACUUUAAAAGAUAUAGGUAUAGGAGGUAAAAACGGUGUACAAACUUUUGUAUAUUUUUACAAAAUAAUGUAAAUUUAAUUUUAUUAAAAUUUUGUUUGAUUAAAA